UCCUUUUUUUUUUUUUUUUUUAAUGUCAAAUCCCAAACGCUGGGAUUGAUGGUGUGACAGUCUUCAUCGCGAUGGCUCUUCGAGGAGUUGUGCUGCCGCCGCUGCUGCUGCCGUUGUGUGUGUCCCUGGCGUCCGCGGUGUCGGUUUUAACGUGGCCUCCCCUCAACUGCUCUCGACAGGAUUUGGAGUGUACAGUCUCUAAAAGUAAUUGUAUGGAUAAGGACUGGGCGAAAGUCAACGAGUACACUCCCAGCAGUCCAGAGGACCUGCAGGUGUCUGUGGAGACCAGGCGGGACGAGAGUGGACUCCCGCAUCCUGUUCUGUACGCAAAGUGGAAGAUUAAGGACAACGGCAGCAUCCGUUACCUGAAGGCCACUGAGCUCCAUGUCCUGGUCAUAUCCACCAAUCAGAACCUGUGUGUUCGGUAUUCUUUCCAAAGCAAACUCCAGAUGAGGAGUCCGUCCGGGGAGAAGUGGGCGUUCUCAGCUAACAUGGUGGUGUUGGACCCUGGUCAGAUGUACCGGGUCUCCGUAUUCAACAUCCCGAAACCCGAGCUGGGCCACAGCAGCUACGACGUCAGCGCCACUGUGGCUGUUCCUGAUUGUCGAGAUUCCGUCAUGCGGAUGACCCAGUUCUGCAUAGAGAGAGGAAGCCUGUGGCGGCCUAACAUCAGCGUGGCUCAGAUCCCCGCGGGGGUCAUGGGAAGACCUGCGCUGGCUGUCAGCUUCAGUCCUGACAGACUGUGUGAGGAGUACUGGGUUAUUGCUCGCUGCUCGGCUUCCCAACAAAUGCACCGUACGUACAAGGCCAAUCAGACGACUCUGAACGUAACGUUCAGCCUUGAUAAAUGGCCGAGAUCCUGCUGCCAGUUUGACGUUGAGAUCAAACCUAUUUUCCCACAAUGUGAGCAGGACUGUGCCCGUCAAAGAACAACGAGGGAUAUUUGUCCUGGUAGGGUGACAGUGAAUCCAACAAACAAGCCCGAUUUGCCUUUGUACACAUUUACACUACUGCCUCUGGGAGCAGUGUCUAUAUGUGUGCUGAUAGCAGGCACUGUGUGUGUCCUAUGCAGGAAGCGAGGCAAAGCCGUUGCUGCAACUCCUUUGGGGAAUCAGAAACCGCAAGAGCAGCAGCUUAAACAGCCUCCCAAAGUGUUGGUCAUCUAUUCCCAAGACCACCGCCUCUACAGGGACAUAGUGCUGAAGCUCUGCGCCUUCCUCCAGGUCAAAUGCGGCACCAAGGUCUUGGUAGAUUUGCUAGACUCCACCUCGGUUGGCAUGGUGGGUCGCCUCCGCUGGCUUGAGUGGCAGCGGCAACAGCUGAAGAAUCCGUCGGACAAGAUUCUGGUGCUGUGCUCGCCGGGCGUUCAGGCGAAGUGGAGGGCCUUGUGCGGUCAAGGCCAGGUGACGCUGAAGGAGGACCUUCUGUCCCCCACAGAUGACAUGCUCACCCCCUUUCUCCACCUUUUCCUACCAGACAUGCACCAGGCAGGCAUGAUGGGCAAGUACAUGGUGGCUUACUUCGAUGACAUCUGCAGCGAACAGGACGUACCGUCAGUUUUCGACAUCGCCGUCAAAUACAAGCUGAUGAAGCACUUUGAAGAGCUGUUCUUCCGCAUCGUAGACAUGGAGAAGUAUCAGCCAGGUCAGGUCAACCACAUCAAGGGCAUUGGUGGGGACGAAUACUUCAACUGUCCCUCAGGCAGAGACCUGAAGAAUGCCAUCGAAACCUUCCAGGCCUACCAGUUGGACAAUCCUGAUUGGUUUGAGAAGGAGUGUGUGGACAGUGAGGAGGAGGUCACAACCGAGGCCAACCUGCUCAUCAACCAGCUGCAGAUCCCUCCGGUCCUACAAUGUACUCCUCUAAUCAGAGAUGGCCCUCCUGUCUACAUCCAUGACGUUGAAAUCCAUGACAACGGUGACAGUGUCCACGUCCUUACACCUGAACUGAACCUACAGAACCCACUGUCGUCCGUGGUCGAACUUACACCGGUGGUAAACCCUGAGAGCAAACACCAGUACCCAUCAAGCCUGAAUGAAGUGUUGACAGACCACCUGUGUCCUCACAGCCCCAGUCCACAGUCUGUCUACAUAGUUGAGCCUGUUUUGAACAAGCCGCCAUCACCAAGACCAAACUGGCUCUCCCUUGAGGAAGAACCACUGGAUCAAAUUCCCACUGAGGAUGACGAAGAGGAUUCACUACUGCCCAAAAGCCAACUCUCCGCUCAUUUGCACCCGGGAAGCUCGGCCCCACAGAGCUUCCUCGACUCAAACCCUCCAGAGUCCUCAUCAUGUUCAAACACGCCGAGUGAAUAUUUCCCUCCAGCUGAAAUCUGCCGCUCCCUGCCUGUGGAGGUGGAGGACCAUGAGGUUCAUGAGAUCAGGGGGAAAAGUGAUCUAAACAGCGGAUCAGAUCAAGGCUACAUCUCCAAAAUUUCCUCCCAGCAUGACCCACCUUCCAAAGAGAACCCGCUGAUGGCUCUGGCAAGGCUCCAGGAGGAGCUGUUUCAGCAGAAUCUCAGAUACGCUGACACAGGUCCUGAAGGGAACUGAUGCUCACAGUCCAAAGUCCACCACCGAGCAUAAAGUACCAAACUUCCACUGACUUUAACCAGCUUUACCUGUGUCACCACCACAUGUGCCUAAAUGUAGGAGGUACGCUGUAUGAUGAACUGAGCAGUGCCAGUCCAAUGCAGAGGUAUUUCUGUGGCCAGUAAAGUCUGGGGCUUAUAUGUUACACAUUGAACGUUUAUUUACAACUUUCUGAAUAGUCCAUACGUUAUCGAUAUAUUAACAGUAUCAACAUGAUCAUGCCUAUAGACACAGGGACGAAAUGUACCUAUAGACAUUACUGGACCUGGAUUUGGCCUGAUUUGGUGUACGAUCAAGAGAUGUUGGUCCUCUUGAUCGUAAUCAUUUGGGGGAAAUAAUUUGAGGUGAUUCUCUGUAUUACCAGGAAUGAGGAUGUAAACACAAACCAAGUUUUUUUUUUUUCCCUAAUGGUUAACUUUUCCAGGACAGAGACGGUCUUUGUUAAACAUUGAAUCUAACAGCACUUAUUUUUCUUUCAGGGUCAAUCAUUCUCCAAGAACGCACGAUAAAUAAAGACUACAGUACUUUC